AUGAGAAGAUCUCCGCAAUGGGGAAGGCCCUGGUCGACCAGAGGGAGCUGUACCUGGGCCUGCUCUACCCCACGGAGGACUACAAGGUUGCCACGUUUCUCCAAAGUGAGGGCCCACAGAGGGCCCUUCGCCGGCAGUCCCUGUGUUACGAGUGCCUUCCCUAACCAGCUGUGCAGAUACGGCUACGUCACCAACUCCAAGGUGAAGUUUGUCAUGGUGGUAGAUUCCUCCAACACAGCCCUUCGAGACAACGAAAUUCGCAGCAUGUUCCGGAAGCUACACAACUCCUACACGGACGUGAUGUGCAACCCCUUCUACAACCCGGGGGACCGCAUCCAGUCCAGGGCCUUUGAUAACAUGGUGACGUCGAUGAUGAUACAGGUGUGCUGAGUGAGCUGUGCUGCCAGCCAUCGCAGAGGAGCCCGCGCGCGACUGUGGUGGGGCCAUCGGUCUGUUCUGGUCGCCUCUUCCUGAAUGGGACGCCCGGGGCUUUCAGGGCAGGCAGCUGUGCAUGUUCUCUCAACUAAAGGUCUUGUGAGAUGAGAUUUGGCUUUUUCCUUCCGUGUCAGCCAAGGAGUUAACUAAGAAGAAUUCAACUAAGGACUUUCUGGGGUGUGGGCAGAGGUUUGGGAUCAGAUGGCGCAGGUAGCCUGUCCCCAGUUGUCCCAAAGAGGCAGAGUCAGGGGUGCCUGGAGCCAAGAGUUCCUGAGCCUGCAGGAGCUGUGACCAUGUGGGUCACCCACUGGCUGAACAGGUGGGUUGGUCUGGAGGGGGCGGCCUCCUGAGCCCAGAACCAGCCUAGGAUCUAGGGGCACAAGGGGAGCCGGCGUGGCUUCCCACAGGGGAGGGCCCUCCUCUUUCUGGACUUGGCCUCCAUUCUUUGCAUCUGGCUCAAUGUCUGGAUUCAGCCCGGCCUUAAAAGGAGCCCUUGUGAAACCUGGGAAGCCUCGUGGCCCCGUGGCGUUGGCUCAGCUGCAGCCCUGGUCCUAAACCUUGGAGCACAGACUUGAGGCGCCCCCUCCUGCCUGUUGGUGCUGAGGGGGUUGGGUGCUGUGUCGCUUGACGACAUGGCUGACUACCACCCAGGGCAGCGGCCAAGCCCAUAGUGGCAUCAGUGCCGCCGGCGUCCUUGGGGUCCAGCAGUCAAGGCUCAGCCCGCUGAGGGGACCCCCCCGGAGUUGGUUCCAGCACUGGUCCAGGACUGGAGAGUUUCUCAAGGACCUUGAGGACCCCAGAAGCCCUUGCAGCAGGAAAGGCUGUAAGUGGGGGGGUCAGCCUGGGGCAGGACCUAGGGAGGGGAACUUUCUCGAUACAUAUUUGCCUUUUCAUCCCAUCUAGCAAGCACAGUGUUAAUUUUAGAAAUUAUAGAAGAAAAAAUCAGCAAGGAGUGUGGGAAAACUGCAUGCCCCAGGCCUCCCCCGCCCCGGGGUGAAUUGGAAGUCCUGGAAUGGGCCGAGGCACACCAGGCAGCUGAUCUGGGUGCAUGUGGGCCACAGGCCACCCUCACAAGGUUAAAUCUUUAACAAGAGCCUCAUGUUUGUUAGAAGGUGGGACCCCAGCCCAAGCACCUCCCCAUUGCAGCCUGGCAUGAAAUCUUUGCCUUUUAGUGGGGAUUACUCCUGCCCGAGUCCUGGCUGUGGUGGGGACUCUGCAAGUUGCUAACCCAGCGUCCAUUCUCUUUCCUCCCUACUAACAGAACCCCGGUGCCUCUGCCCAGUUCCAAUAGCCGGCAGACGAGAGCCAUGUCCUGGGCUCCCUUGCAGCCCGGGCUGUGUAGCUGUGGUGUGGAGGUGGGUGGUGCUGGGAGAGACUUGCAGGGAAGCUCCUGUGAAGGGGACUCAGCUGCCACGUGCAGGACCCUUCCCCUUUGCCUUCUUCCUGCCUGGAACAUGGAUGUGAUGGCUGGUGCUGGGACAGCUGUCCUGAGAGCGUGAGGAAAGAGUCACACCCUAAGGACAGUGGAGCAGAACACAGGAAGGACCCUGGGCCUUUGCUGACGCAGAACGCGGGAAGGACCCUGAGCCUUUGCUGACGUACCAGGCCCGGACUACUUAAGUUCAGCUUUUUUUUAAUGUGAGAAAAUAAAUGCACCCCUCUCUGGUUUAA